UUCAAUGGUUAAUGAAGUAGUGGGCAACGGGUCAGCCAAUACUGGCAGCGCACCGGUAGUCACACACGUGCCAUAUAAACCAACCAUCAGGUAUUACCAGCUCAUAUGGAUGACCAUGAUACAUUUGUCGGCUAUAUAUGGUCUGUAUCUGUCGGUAACUGUCGCGCAGUUUAAGUCAAUACUGUUUAUGAAUUUUCUGGCGUUUAUCUCAUCGUUUGGUAUUUUGCUUAAACGUAUUAUAGCCAGUUAUAUCGGCAAGGAGUCACGGGAACAAGUGCCUAGAGGUUUAUGCAAGUGGCUCCGUCUGAACUACUAUUCAUCUAUGCGGACCAGUUGGCGCUACGCCACUACAUCCACGCUGACCGAGUCGGGCGCCGGUCUGGCACCGGGCAUGCGGUCCGACGUAUCGCUAUUGCGGCCAACGGUUAUGAUAUGCGUUCCCCUAAUGCUCGACCGCAUACUUAAGGAUAUGGGCGCUCGGCUCACAACCCGGUCCCCAUUAGCCGUACCCAUGUUUACCCAUUUAAUGGCAUACAAGUCGUAUUGGACCGACCGGGGCUACCGGUGCCCGAUUGUCGACAAACUAGUUUGCGACAAAUUGCGCCAACAAAUGGGCGGUGCGCUACGGGUGGCUAUUGUGGGCGCCGCACCCCUGAGCCCCACCACUCAGGCCACGCUUAGGGCUGCGCUGGAUAUUGCGCUGCUGCAGGUAUACGGAACAACCGAGACAACGGGCUGUGUGUUUGCGAUGGACCAUGACGAUUUAUCUAUCAGCCGGGUGGGCGCACCCCUGCAGGGCAUGCGAAUCAAACUCAUCGAUUGGGAGGAGGGCGGCUAUUACCGCUCGGAUCGGCCGAACCCCAGGGGCGAGAUAGUGAUUGGCGGCAAUUCAGUGGUCACCGAAUACUAUAAACUGCCGGAACAGACUCGGGAGGCGUUUCGGACAGACGACAGGGGCUGCCGUUGGUUUUACACGGGCGAUAUCGGCGAGAUAUUUCCCGAUGGUACUAUUGGAAUUAUUGAUAGGCGCAAGGAUUUGCUUAAAUUACAAAGUGGUCGAUAUGUUUCGUUGGGA